AUGGGCAGGCGAAAGAUAGAGAUAGAGAUGGUGAAAGAUAGCAACUCUCGGCAAGUGACUUUCUCAAAGCGCCGAACAGGGGUUUUCAAGAAAGCCAACGAGCUUGCUACCUUGUGUGGUGUGCAAAUUGCCAUCAUCGUUUUCUCUCCAGGGGGGAAACCAUUUUCAUUUGGCCACCCCAAUGUCGAGUUUGUGGCUCAGAGGUUUCUAAAUCAGGAUAAGAAACCCAAGGCUUCGGCGGGUAGCCUUGUUGAUUCUCAACAAGAGGCUAGAUUGGAGAAGCUUAAUAGUCAACUCAAUGACAUUCUCAGGAAACUUCAGUAUGAAAGAAAGAGGGGGGAAUUGCUAGAGAAGGCAAUGAAAUUAAAGGGUUCGGAACCCAAACUUAUUGGUAAGCUAAAUCUUGAUGAACUUCGGAAGAUGAAGGGAGAACUGGAGGAGCUUCAAGAAAAGUUGCGAGGGCGUGUUACAGAAAUGGAGGCGUCCUCUUCACUGCUACUUCUGUCUAAGAAACCUACUAGAGAGAAACAUCAGCAGUAGGUUUCUAAAAUUUUAGAAAGUAUUGACACCAUCUCCUCU